AUGGUCGUCGAAGACAGUCUCAAGAUAUGCACAGUGUGUGCUUCCAACAAUAACCGUUCCAUGGAAUCCCACAAACAGCUCAAGGAUGCAGGAUACAACGUCAAGUCAUUUGGAACUGGUUCAGCUGUGAGACUUCCUGGACCCUCUGCUGACAAGCCAAACGUGUACGAGUUUGGAACCCCAUACGAAGACAUCUACAACGACUUGAUCUCCCAGAACUGUCGGAAAAUAUACGAGGCCAAUGGCUUGAUUCAUAUGUUGGAUAGAAACAGACAUGUCAAGACAGCGCCAGAAAAGUGGCAAAACAACGCAUAUGCCGGCAAAUUCGACUUGGUGAUUACCUGCGAGGAAAGAUGCUUUGACAGUGUCUUGGACGACUUGAUGUACCGGAUGUAUAGCAAGGCAGACGAAAAUGAUGUCAAGCAGAUAGUACAUGUCAUCAACGUGGACAUCAAGGAUGACAACGAGAAUGCCUUGAUCGGAGGAAAGGGUAUCUUGAAGUUGGUGAAUAUGGUCCAUGAGUUUAGAAGUAAGAAGAAGGUAGAGGGAGAAGACGAAUCCACCGUCCUUUUGGAGGACCAGAUGAUGAACAUUUUAACUGAAUGGCAGAAAAACCACACCCACUUGCCUACAUUGUACAGCGUGUCGUACUACUAG